UCUGACUCUGAAAGCGUCUCAUGUGAGUGUCGAUCUGAUCUGAUCUCAGCCCGAGCUCUAAGCCCCUUAAUAUCACACAGUCUCACUGUAAAAGAGGACUCCAGGAGCCACGAGAGCGACCGAAACGCGCAGAUUUCCUGCCAUGUCUGUGAAACGAGAGGAUGUCCUGAAAGAUGAACAUCUGAUCAAAGAUAUAGAGGAGAUCGCAAAAGACACCGCACUUCUACACGGGGUGUUGAUGCGCACCAAAGAGACCCCAAACUCUCCUGAUGUGGUGAGUUAUGCACCGUUCACGUUGUUUCCCACGCCGGUGCCCACAGCUCUGUUUCAGCAGGCUCUGGCAGUACAGACACAUUUCAACCGCUUGGUGGACCGGGUCAGCCAGAAUCACUCCUUCCUAGAGGAAACUCUGGCCAGCACCAUCAGAGUUGACAGUUUUACAGCUAGACUUUUCAACAUAUACAAACAAGUUCAACAGGAACCUCGGCCCCAGUCAGUAGUGCUGGGCUUGAAUCGCUCAGACUACAUGCUGGACCAGAGUCCAGACGGUGGGACGUCUCUAAAGCAGAUUGAAAUCAACACUAUUGCUGCAAGUUUUGGUGGUCUUGCUUCACGGACACCGGAUGUCCAUCGGCACAUUCUGAAGGUGGCAAACCUGCCCGAGGAGUCUCAUAAUGUGCUCGACAACAACCCAGCAGCAGGUCUGGCCAGGGGUUUGGCCCAGGCCUGGGAGCUCUAUGGAUCUGAAAGGGCAGUGGUCAUGUUUCUGGUUGAAGACGUUCAGAGGAAUAUUUAUGACCAUCGAUAUGUAGAGAAUGAGCUGUGGAAAAGAAAUAUUCCUGUAAUAAGAAGACAGUUUGAAGACGUUUGCAGAACUGGAUCCCUAGAUGAGAGCAGGAGGCUCUUUGUAGAUGGUCGUGAGAUCGCCAUUGUCUACUUCCGUAAUGGAUACAUGCCCCAAAACUACACCUCAGAGAAGAGCUGGGAGGCCCGUCUGAUGAUGGAGCGCUCUCUGGCUGUCAAGUGUCCAGACAUCAGUACCCAUCUUGCCGGGACUAAGAAGGUGCAGCAGGAAUUGGCCCGGCCAGGGGUUCUGGAGCGCUUCUUCCCUGACGAACCUGAAACAAUUGCUCAGAUUCGGGCCACUUUCGCUGGACUGUACACCCUAGACAUGGGAGAAGAAGGUGAUAAAACCGUAGCAAUGGCUUUGGCCAAUCCUGAUCAGUACGUGCUGAAACCUCAGAGAGAGGGAGGUGGUAACAACAUUUACGGCAGUGAGAUCUGUGAAGUGCUGGAGAACCUGAAGAACUCCACUGAGAGGACGGCUUACAUCCUGAUGGACAAGAUCCAGCCCAUCCCGGUCCAGAACUACCUGCUCAGGCCCGGAGCUCCUCUGAGACUGAACUCCUGUCUGAGUGAGCUGGGCGUAUUUGGGGCGUAUGUCAGGAAAGGCAAAGACACGGUGUUGAAUGAGUGCGUGGGCCACCUGCUGAGGACCAAGAGCUCAGAGCAUGCUGAUGGGGGCGUGGCUGCAGGAGUAGCAGUACUGGACAACCCACUGCUGGUGUGAACUACAGCACCACCUACUGGACCGGAGGACGAUGACACACAGCUGACAUCAGGGGAAUGGGAUUCAUUUUUUACCUGGCAUCUGUUUUAUCAAAGGUUUAGUGUGUUGAGUAAACUAUGGGGAACACUUAUGACUGAACUGCUCGUUCGUGCACAUGUUUUAAACCUCAUUCAAUCUGUUGAAGUGUAUGAGAAGUAGCCAUUGAAGUUUCGAAAAUUCAAAUCGAUUUUUUAUUACGUUUCCUUUUUUCAGCUACUUUAAUUGCUAACCGAUGAUCAGAAUAUAGUUGAAUGACUAUCAUCAUGAUUAGUGUUUAUAUACAUAAAUAAGCAUCAAAUCAUCAUAUUAGAAUGAUUUCUGAAGGAUCAUGUGACUCUGAAGACUGGAGUAAUGACUAAAUCUAGCGUUAUGUCACAGGAAUAAAUCACGUUAAAAUAUUCAAAAAUAUAUUAAAAUAGAAAAUGAUUUAUGUUAUAUUAAUUGUAAUACUGCUGUACAAUAUUACUGUUUUACUGUAUUUUUGAUUCAAUAAAUGUGACACAAACGCAAAACUUGUGAACGUUAGUGUAUAUUAACACUGGAAACAUUGUAAUUUCAGUGAAAUGUAAAAAGAUGUUGUACUGAAGAUUAUUUUCUAGACCUGCGAUAACACGCUUAAAAAAAAAAACUAAACCUGCACAAAUAAAGAAGAAAUCAAACACCGUUCUGAAAUCCAUGUUUAUUCCAAGCUCCACAUUACAGCCACAGAAAUCACACUCAUCACCAACCAACCAAAGUCAACACCAAAAACACCUCUCGUUCAUUCACUCAACACGUCACUGUCAACUUCUGAAAAACUAUAAUGGUUCCAAUAAAGCAAGAUAGUACGAAGAUGAUACAUGACAUGCAUCAAAUUUCAACCAAUGAA